GCAACAUUCUCGGGAGUAGACCACAACGCCGCGCCCAGGAAAAGUUCUCCUGCUCUGCGAAAUAAAGCACUUCUCGGGAACCGUUACGAUGAAAUCGUCGGAAGUAGAGCUUCAACUUACACCGAUAUUGUAGACGAAGGCCACGUCGUGGUUGAGCACCGUCGUCCUCCGGGUCACGCAUCAACUGAAGAAUACACCAG